AUGACACAAGAAAAGAUGAUAAACGAUAUGUACCCGCUAGCCACGUUGCUUAUACACGCAACCAACCAACAGGUGACCAAGGAGAAGAUUGACUCUGUAUUCAAGUUCUUUGGUCUUGCAAGCCACCCAAAGAUCUGUGAAUUUUUUGAGAUGGAUGCGCUUGAGAUUAAGAACCUGCUGAUGAGUAGUACUCAAGAGGCGGCAGCUCCCAUGGAAGGGAAGGGCCCAUCCGAUACUCCUGGUGAAGCAAAGAAGGAGGAGGUGCCUGAAGAGGAGGAAGUUGAAAUCGACUUUGGAAUGUUCUGA